AGUUACGAGUGCAAAGCAAGCGUACAAGAACGACCAUAUGCCUCAAGACCGUCGAGGACACAGCAGCUGUCGAACCCGAAAUUAGUGCCAAAGCUCGCGAGCGACACGCCAAACAAUUUGCUUAACAGCAAGGGAGUGGCGGAUCAGCAGCUGGCUGACAUCAAUGCCGGACGGGCCAAACUCGUGGUGCCGCCCGAGGGACCUCGGUCGUCGACACCAGACUCCCCACGACGAACUUCAGAUUCAGAUUCAGUCUCAACCAUAUCGACGAACAGGUCCAGGUCCCUGUCGCGCAGCCGCUCGAGAGGACGAGGAGAGCGAAUCCCGACAAGU